AUGUCUACAAUAUCUCGUUUACCCGACUCUACCACCCGCCUCUUGAGCUCAUCCUUAGUUAUCCCAACUCCUGUCAGCUUAAUCAAGGAACUUAUUGAUAACUCAAUUGAUGCCCAGGCUACAUCAAUAGAAGUCAUAGUAUCGCCGGAUACGAUUAAGAAGGUUGAGGUUCGCGACAAUGGCCACGGUAUUCAUCCGGAUGACUACGAUGCUCUAGGAAAGCGUGGCUAUACCAGCAAAAUUAGGAACUUCGAGGAACUCAAGACUCACUCUAGCAAAACACUAGGGUUUCGCGGUGAAGCUCUUGCAAGCGCGAAUGCCUUUGCUCAAGUCGCCAUUACCACCAAGAUAGCCUCGGAACCCGUUGGAACUAUCAUUCAUCUCGUGCCGUGUAAAGGAGGCAUUUCGACACAACAGCGAACUUCAGCACCAGUUGGGACGACCCUGAGCAUCACUAAUCUAUUUAGUAAGCAUCCAGUUCGAGAAAGAAUUGCUAUCAAGGACUCUCCGAAAACAAUAGGCAAAAUUCAAGGACUUCUGCGUUCCUAUGCUAUGGCAAGGCCCCAGCUAAGACUCUCAUUCAAAGUCCUACAGUCUCCCAAACAUAAUUGGGUGUACUCGCCCAAACGAGCUGCAAACAUGAGGGAGGCUGCUAUUCAGCUUUUCGGUGCAGAAAUCGCAACCCAUUGCUUUGAGAAGGUAUUUGAGAGCGGCCCAGUCGGUGAAUCUGAGUCUCUAGACGAAGUCCAAGUUACUCCACCAAAUGAUCACUACAUAUUUGAAGCUUUCAUCUUGAAGCCAGGCUCUGAUGCUUCCAAGGUUCCAAAGAGACGCUACUUUUCUGUCAACGGCCGUCCAAUCAGAGGAACUCGAGACACCAUGAAGAAAUUGGUAGGCAUAUAUGCUGAGUAUGUUAGUGCUUCACAGCGGCAUUCUUCAAACAUCGUAUCAAGGGAUUCUUUCAUCAGUCUAAAUAUCAAGUGUCCCCCUGGAAGCUACGACGAAAAUGUGGAGCCGUCAAAGGACGAUGUUGUGUUCUCCGACGAGAAACUUAUACUAGACGGAUUCGAUAACUUGUGCAAAGCAGUAUACAAGACACCUAUGGUCAACCCUCCGGAAUUCGAGUCACCAGCUAAGCAAAAUUCCAUAUCGUACAAUAGAGAUGAUGCAAAUCCUCGUGAUCUCCAGUCUCACAGGCCUACAUUUGACUCUAUCUCCGGAGAUGAUAGUAUCGCAUGCACGUUGCCAUCACAAGGUCAAGUCGUAUCACAGCCAAGACCUUUAACAGAAACUCAAAAGCAGCAGGUUUCUAAAGUCCAUCAAUCCCCACCGACACAACCUCAAACAACAAUACAGUGCUCGACCGAUCAUAGCGCUACUAUCUCCACACCAGCCAGGUCAUCACGUCUAUCUAUUAGGAAAAAUGGAAAGCCGGGAGAUGGCUACCCUCAGGACAUGCCAUCGAAUAUGCAACAAGUUCGAUGGAAGGUUGACAUGUCUCAAGAUUUCAAUGAGCACUACACUGAAAAAACCUCGAAAAGUGUAUCUCGGUCAGCUCGUGCACUGCUAGAUCUUCAUGAGAAUCCAGUACCCCCUGAGCACACAACCUCACGAGAUAUGAAUCCGUGGGUCAUCGCUAAGAUGAAUUCACUUCAAACUAAUCACAGCUUAGGAGACAGACAAGCCAACGAGCUAUAUAAUCAGAACAAUUUGUUUGAGCCACACUUUGAACUCCCAAUGACUCCAGACCCUCCCAUCCUUCGUCACAAUGGAGCAUCGCCGAGAGAUCUUGAUGUUCCCCCAAGUCAACAAUACCCUGGAAACUCCCACCAACCACGACAUCGCGUGCCAGGUGGCCCGUAUCGAAGCCCAAUGUCCGACUCCUCUGGGGCAGGUUCAAAGAAGGGAUUGGCUGCUCCUUCAAUGGCCACUAAUCUAAAGCCUCCACGUCGAUAUAACCUUCCUUGGUCUCCGCCGUCAUCAGUAGAGAGAUCUAGGCCAAACAACGAGAACUUGACCAACAAUGAGCCAGGACAAACCCUAGAUGGUAUGCGGCAGUCAAAGAUAACAUUCAAGAGCAACAAAGGAAGUUCUAAGAAGCGUCGACAUAAUGAGAAUGACGACGAAUCAGUCGAAGAGAUUACGCAUCGUGAAGAGCCUAGGCUUGGGAACAAUCUUGAAAAUAUGGUCGCAUUGGCAAAACAGAGUCUCAAACAUCAAGUAUCACAGCAAAAGGGGCUUUCAUCAUCCCACCCGGAGGCGCAUUACAUUGAAGCGCACUCCACGGAAGUAAAGGAGCCUAUCAAGACUACUAUACCCAGUGGCGAUCCGCGAGCUUAUCUGCUGCGUAGGCAGAAAUCUAUGGCAGCGGGGGAGAGGGGAGCACAACAAAGGAAAAUCAGACGGAUGAAAAGCUCCCUCUUGCCCCUGGAGAAUAUUCCGUCUAAUUAUCAGACGCAUUCCGUAAUGUUGAUCAAGAGUGUAGAUAUACAGGCUAUGUACACCCUUGUGGAGAAGAAGGCGCUAUAUGAUGAUUAUAUUGCGAAAGGGACCCUUGAAAACGGCCUUGAGAUGAGUCUCGAUAUAGGCCGCGAAAUAGAGAAGCGACUUAAAGCAUUGCUACGUACGGAGAAGGAUCCAUUGAAUAAUCAAGAGGUUGAGCCGGAAAUAAACCUCUGUUCCCAGCUGAAGGGCAAAAUGACUGCAGCUUGA